AUGGGGAGAGGGGACAUCCAACUGUCAGGCCUCUUCCAGGAAGGAAACCGAAGCCUGAAAAAYCAAGUGGAAAGGCCAACUGUUCCGCGAAGGGACGUGCUGCUCCGGGAGCGAAACGGCGCCGGUGGGAGCGAUCUCACGUCGAAUCGGGAGAUGGAGGUUGCUGGUGACUCUGUCCCACUGGGAAUCGGUUUCCUCCCCUCCCUUCCCAGUGCCUCCCAGUUCCCAUGGCACGACUUGGACUGUGGUGGCAGUUUGGGUACUUCUUGCACACUGAAAGCCUGUUUUCUGAGUCUAUUACCUUCGCCAACACAGAUUACAAUAACAGCUGAAGAUUUUAAGACUGUCGUGCACUGGCAAUACCCAGCUGUUUCUGAAACUGCUCGUUUUACAGUAGAAAUCAAACCUUACAACCGUGGUGCUUAUAAGACUGUCUUGACUUGUGUGAACAUCUCGGCUCACUUUUGUGAUCUCUCAGGGGAAAUAGAAGACCCCUUUUCCUCCCAUUGGCUUCGAGUUAAAGCUGCUGUUGAGUCGGAACAGUCCGAGUAUGCUGAGUCAAGCGAGUUUGUUUUGCAACAGCAGGUAAAAAUAGGACCACCUGUAUUGCAUCUGUUAAGGCAAGAUGACAAAAUCAUCGUUGAUAUUUACCAUCCUCAAUUUCCAUCUGAGGAGAUUUGUCCUUGGAUCACAGAUGUUUAUUCAGAUGUCAGAUACACAGUGACCUUUGAGGACAGUAAAAAUCAGAGUAAAAAGGAGCUCCGUGCAGACGAUUGUAAUAUAAAGAAAUGUAGCCUAGACAUCCCAAUCUCUUCUGAAGGUUACGUAUACUGUGUUUCGGCGAAGGGAAGUUUUUAUGAUGAUCUGAUACUUGGCGCCUGGUCAGAAGAAAGCUGCAUUCCUGUUCCUCUCAAGCAGACUUUGAGCUCAAAAAAUAUUGUAGUUGUGGUUGGUGUUAUUCUGAUCUUUGGUCUGUUUUUGAGUACGCUUUAUGGCUAUAAGAAAUUAAGGAAGAAGAACAUAAAGCUGCCUAAAUCUUUGGUCAGUGUGAUAAGAAACCUAAACACAAGCAAAUUUCUAGAAACAAAACCAGAGACAAAAUGCAACUCUGUGGUAAGUCUCAUGCCAGACGAGCCAGCGUUGCCAGCUGACGAAGAAGUGCACUCGCUGAAGGUAGAGCAAAAUGAAGGAAUUACUAAUACUCAGAAUUCCAGUGAAGGAGCAUCUUCUGUUCUYCUGUCAGAGGGACAAGGCAACUCAGGAGAGGUUUCGGUGCAGGAAAGCACUGGGGAAGUAUCCUGUGAUGAUGAACAAAAUCAUAAAGGGAGAGAGAGUUAYUUCCCUUCUGACAAUAACCAGACAGAGAUCUGCAGUAACUGUUCAGAUGCAGAGGUUUCUACCAAAGAAGUGCAACAAACAGUUCAUCCAAGCAGCACGCUCAAGUUCUCGGGCUAUGACAAACCUCAUGUGCCAUUAGAUAUGUUGAUAGAUGUUGGUGAAGAACGGCCUGUGGUUGCAUACAGGCCCACCGAGCAACCAGGAUAGCUGCAGUAUUGAACCAGAAGUCAUGAAGAACAGCAUUACUGAACAACAUGGAAAGUAUURAUCAUAUUAUGAACAUCUAAAAGCUCUAAAAUAUCCUCCUGAUCCAAACAGAAGAACCAUCAGAAGAAGAAUUUACUGUGAUGGGUUUCUGAAAUGCAACUGAGGGUAGUACCUGAGGGCAACUUUAAAAAGUGGAAAAAAACUUCACAACCUGUCACUUCCGGAAGUGUUUGUGUAUAUGGUAUAGAGUAAGACAGGAAGUAAUAAGCUCAUUUCUGUGGAAAACAUAUUUGCUG